AGACCACCCCCUCCCCUAGUGGAUCCCCCUAAUCCUGCCUCACCCUUUUUUCAUCCCUGCCCCAUCCCCUGUGCCUGGACCGCUCACUCUCUGCAGCCCCCAGCCACAGUCUUACUCUCGCCCCAUACCAAUUGAGGUACGGACUUCUUAAACACAGCACUGCUUUUUUCAGAUUCUUUCAAAAGAAGGGGGAAAAAUCUCUUGGCCUCUUUACAUACUUGAUAAGAGGGGGGAGAGAUUGCUUGGACUAUUAUGGGGUAUUUUCCAUCCUUCCAUCCUCUUCCUUAUUGUCCAAUUUUCCUCCUCCUGCUCUCUUUGACUUGCAGCUAAAAAAAAAACACAACAAUGUCCACCAACGAGCGUUUCAACUGCCAUUACUGUAAAGACUCCCUUUUGGGGAAGAAGUACAUAAUGAAAGAGGACACGCAGUACUGCACUAAGUGCUAUGAGAACCUGUUCGCUAACUGCUGUAAGAGCUGCUCUUUGGCAAUUGGCUGCAACUGCAAGGACUUGUCCUACAAGGAUCUCCACUGGCAUGAGCAAUGUUUCAAGUGUGCAAAGUGUAGCCGAUCCUUGGUGGAAAAGGCCUUUGCCGCUAAGGAUGAUUUGUUGCUUUGCACCGAAUGCUACGCCCACGACUAUUCUUCUAAGUGCACCACCUGCAAGAAAACUGUCAUGCCAGGAUCCCGUAAAAUGGAAUACAAGGGGAACAGCUGGCAUGAGACCUGCUUCCUGUGCCACCGCUGUCAGCAGCCAAUAGGAACCAAGUCCUUCAUCCCAAAAGACACCGGCUACUUUUGCGUGCCCUGCUUUGAGAAGCAGUUUGCCUACCAAUGUUGUGCUUGUAAGAAGGCCAUCACAACAGGUGGAGUGACCUACCAAGACAAGCCCUGGCACCGCGAGUGUUUCCUAUGCAUCAGCUGCAAGAAGCAGCUGUCGGGUCAGCGCUUCACCUCCAGGGAAAACUACCCCUACUGCCUUGAAUGCUUCAGCAACCUGUAUGCAAAGAAGUGUGUGGGCUGCACCAAGCCCAUCACAAGUCUGGCAGGGGCCAAGUACAUCUCUUUUGAGGAGCGCCAGUGGCACAGCGAGUGUUUCACCUGCAUUCAAUGCUCUGUGUCGCUGGUGGGACGCGGGUUCCUCACCCAGCGCGACAACAUAUUGUGCACCGACUGUGGCAGGGAGAAGUGAUCUUUCCAUGAAGGGGGGGUCACAGGUUUAUCCCAAAAGUAAUGAAAGCUCCUGUUCCGAUACACACUGAAAAUGAGAGGUGUCUAAAAACUAGAUAAAUACACUAAAUCUGAGGGAAAAAGUCCUCAAAACAAGUGAAAUCAUCUGUCCAUGCAGCAAGAUAAUUUCACUUGGCAAGCUUGCUUGAUUUUAGAUUAUGUUGUAAAGUUGCACACUUAAAAUAAGAAACAUUACUCUUAAAAUUAGAUAAAUUAUCUAACACUUCUAAAUCUAAGAUUUUUUUAUCUUGGUAAGAACCAAAUAAUUUCCAGUGCAGAUGCUGUGUAUUCCUAAAUAUUUCUUCUUCUUUGCAUGGCAUGUACACAUAAACAGUCUGAAUGUCAACUUAUUUUGUUGUUAUUUAAAUAGUUCUCUCACUUUGCUCACACACACAAAAACGGUGAUGUUUCCGUAAAGAUAAAAAUGUAUCUUUAAAGUUAGGGCACCAUUGUUCCAUUGUUGAUGAAUGUUUUCUUUGUUGGUUAAACUAAAAAAAUCCCUGUUUUCUUUUUUUUAUAAGGGAUGAAAGCGAAAGCUCAAGUAAUGGAUUAAUCAGUACACAAAUGUUUGUUUCAGCUUCUUAGUUAGGAUUUGACAUUUUGUCUCCUUUAUGACAGCGAACUGUAUAUGUUCAGAUUUUGGACUUACGGUUGAAUUAAAAAGACUCUGUGAAGAUGUCA